UGGGUUCAAUUUCUUCAGCUCCCAUUGAGUGACACAGAGUAGAAAACGGCCUCAGGGUCUAGCCCGCUAUAUAUAGACUUCAAUGAAUCCUGCUUCCACUUCCAAAUGUCACUUCAUGGAUUCCUUUGGGCAACCUAGACCGGAAGAUAACCAGUCAGUAGUUAGCAGAAUGCAAAAGAAAUACUGGAAAACUAAACAGGUCUUUAUCAAAGCAACAGGAAAAAAGGAGGAUGAGCAUGUGGUGGCAUCUGAUGCUGAACUGGAUGCUAAACUCGAGGUUUUUCACUCCAUUCAAGAGACAUGCACUGAACUUCUGAAGAUAGUUGAGAAAUAUCAACUAAGACUUAAUGUCAUAUCAGAGGAAGAAAAUGAACUGGGGCUCUUUUUAAAGUUUCAAGCAGAACGGGAUACAACACAAGCUGGUAAAAUGAUGGAUGCUACUGGGAAGGCACUCUGUUCUUCAGCCAAGCAAAGAUUGGCCCUGUAUACUCCUUUGUCUCGUCUUAAGCAAGAAGUGGCAACAUUCAGUCAAAGAGCAGUAUCUGAUACCUUGAUGACAAUUAAUCGGAUGGAGCAAGCACGCACAGAAUACAGAGGAGCUCUGCUGUGGAUGAAAGAUGUAUCCCAAGAAUUAGACCCAGACACCCUAAAGCAAAUGGAAAAGUUCCGAAAAGUAUGA